GCUCCGCCACAUGCCCGCAUCACUGUUGGCAACACGAGCCUCGCAUCAGCACAGCAAACUCAGACCACAUCUGACCGGCACGAUGGAUGGGCAACAGAAAGAUCGCAGACAGUCUCACUUGUGGAUAUUGACGUUACUGAUAUUUGUCUAACCUCUACAGCACUGGAUAACUUUCCAACUUCUUCUUUUGGAUACGGAUUGUGGAGCUGGAUCUCGUCCUGCAAGCGUUGGAAAAAGGGAUUAUAUGUAUUUCGCCAUCACCACUUUGGAAUAGGGGCGUUUUUGUUGGAACUGAUUUUUUAAGGAUACGCACAUUAAACUCUAAAGGAUGGCCGUUUGGUUCACCUCUGUUCUCGCAAUAGUUGUAACAUUAUUUACUCAGGUUCUGGGAUCAGGUGUGUUCGAGCUAGAUCUCCAUCACUUUCAAAAUACUAAAGGUUUGCUGGCAAAUGGACUCAGUUGCAGCAUGACUGGCUGCAGGACUUAUUUCAGGGUUUGUUUGAAGAACUUCCAGACAGUGGUGUCUCCCGGCGACUGUAUAUUUGGAAGAGCCACCACACCUGUUCUGGGCAAAGACUCCUUCAGCAUCCAGCAGGACGCCAGGCUGCGUCUGCCGCUCAACUUCACCUGGCCGGGUGCAUUUUCGUUAGUUAUUGAAGCCUGGUCUUCUCCUGCAGCGGACCUACCUGGAGAUACCACCAACCCUGAAUUCUUGAUUAGCUCUUUUGCCAUCCAAAAGCAGUUGGGAAUAGGGAGUGAGUGGUCCCAGGAAGUGCAGAGGGGGACACAGCAGACGGAGCUAAGGUACUCAUACCGGUUCAUCUGCAAUGAACAUUACUACGGGGACACUUGUUCCAAAAUAUGCGCUCCGAGAGACGACCAUUUUGGCCACUACACCUGCAAGCCUGACGGGCAAAUAGCCUGUCUACCGGGAUGGAAGGGAGAAUACUGCCAAGAACCAAUCUGCCUGGAAGGGUGCAAUGAAAGAAAUGGAAAUUGUACGCUACCUGGUGAAUGCAAAUGCAGAGAGGGCUGGCAGGGACUCUUUUGUGAUGUGUGUAAACUCCAUCCAUCCUGUAAACAUGGUACCUGUGCAGAGCCGUGGCAGUGCACCUGCAAAGAAGGCUGGGGAGGCAUCUUUUGUGAUCAAGAUCUGAACUACUGCACCCAUCACAAACCCUGUGCCAACGGAGCAACGUGCAUGAACACAGGCCAGGGCAGCUACACCUGCACCUGCAUGCCAGGCUUCACCGGGGUUAACUGUGACUUGGAGGUCAGGGAGUGUGACAGCCAGCCCUGUCGCAACGGAGGCCACUGCCUGGACUCUGAGAACGGCUAUAGGUGUAAGUGUCCUCAGGGGUUUGAAGGGACACACUGUGAACACAAGAAACUGACCUGCGCAGAUGCACCCUGCUUACUCGGUGGCAAGUGCAGAGAGAGGGAUAAUGGCCGUUCUUACAUAUGCGAGUGUUCAGCAGGCUACACUGGACUGAACUGUGAGAAGAAAGUGGAUAAAUGUACCUCACUGCAAUGCACGAAUGGUGGACAUUGUGUGAUCCACGGUAACCUCCGACUGUGCAGCUGCCGCUCAGGCUUCACAGGUCUGCGCUGCGAGAUCAACAUCAACGAAUGUGCCAGGAACCCCUGUGCAAACGGCUCCACCUGCAUAGACCGCAUCAACGACUACACCUGCACCUGCCCCCCAGGGUACACGGGCCGCCACUGCGAUAAGCCAACUGACCGCUGUGCCUCUCAACCCUGCCUGAACGGCGGGACCUGCACCACUGGAGCCGAAGGCCAGCCUGCCUGCAUCUGCCCCGACCACUACAGCGGCCCCCAGUGCCAGCCCAACGAUGUGCCUUCACCCAACACGCAGAGCCCCAACAACAAGUGGAGCUUGGUGGCCAUCUGCUCGGGCGCAGGCCUGGUGGCUGUUCUGGUGCUUUUCUGCAUGGUCGCCGUAGUAAUACAGCACCUUAAGAAGCAGAGAAGUAAGGAGCAGGACUCAGAGACGAUGAACAACCUCUCCAAGGUUGACUUUCAGAAAGAGAACCUCAUCUCUACUCUAGAGCUCAAGAACACCAAUAAAAAGGUGGAUUUGGAGGUGGACUGUCCCAGGGAAAAGUCUAAUCACAAACACAUCAACCACUACCACCUGGACUAUAAAACCUCCAUGGGGUACAAGGAUGAACUGUCCCUUCUGGACAAAGAUGAAAACUGUGAAAAGACAAUAGAAGAAAAAAAGCAUUUGAGUAGAAUGUACAGUGAAAGGCCGGAGUGUAGAAUAUCAACAAUAUGUUCUUCCAGAGAUUCAAUGUACCAGUCUGUCUUUGUAAUAGCAGAGGAGAAAAAUGAAUGCAUCAUUGCAACUGAGGUAUAAUAAAUGGAAGAUAUUCUUCACUGUCAACAUUGGAUUUCUUGUGGACUGUUUACAAGUGUGGAGAGACUGGGAUUUAUUUAAAUGCAAGUUGCUGCUCUUGAAAACUUGAUAACUGGAUGGAGCCGGUGUGCUCUUCGAAUUCAACAGAACUGAAGCUACUAAUCUUUGUGAGAAUGUAAAAGACUGAAGAAAAAAAGACUAUAAAUAAUGAGCAAAUCUGACUUGUAGACGCAAUGUUUUUGACUCAAAUCCUCGUCUGCUCUGUUCAAGUUCAACCAAGGGCGACGGGCCAACGUGUUUAUGCCUGCGUGUUGAUUAGAGGACUAUCCUGAUGUGCUCCUCUCCACCUUAGUGCAGUAAUCAGCAAUCAACAAAUCAACUUGCUGCUGAGCCUGGGGAAGGAGCCAGCCUUUUUUCCAUUUUUUUGUGGCCUGCAAUGCGCUAUGCAAAAGAAAAUCAACAUUGUGCUUAAUCAGAAAGGGACAAAAAACUACUGAAAACGGUUCAUUUUUGUAGGAUAUUUAGGGUUAUUAGUUUUGCAAAUCCUUUUUUUUAUAAAGAAUGUAUGCAGCCUAGAUCACAAAGCCUUAUAUAUAUGUUUAAAAGCAUUGUGCCCGCCUUAUCUUGAAUCCUUUGCACAGCAAACUGAACAUAAAAGAUCAAAAGAUGCAAUAUGCUGCAGGGAAACCCAUGAUAAGGCCUUGUUUUACCUUAUGCAAGAUCAUCCUUAAAUAAAGACAAAGAAAUACAUGAAGUGACUAUCGUACCAACGACGCCUUUAAAGGAAAUUACUGAACCAAUAAUGUUGUUUUGUAGGAUUGGUAUUAUUAGUAAUUUAAGAAUAUGAAGCACUGAUCACUCUCUCUCUGUUUUAUAAGAUUAUUUUGUAUAUACUGUAUAUUUAUAUGUUGAGAUUAGAAGUAUGAAUCUGUUUUUAAGUUGAUGCCCAGAAAAGGUGAAUUUAUUUUUAAAGUGUUGUUUGUGUUUUAUUUGUAUUAUUUUUUGUUAUAAAAAGAAACAAUGAACACAUAUCUGGUACACUCGUUUGUUUGUUGGUCUUCAGUGGUUUGGGUGUACAAAUAAGAGCUCCUAAUUUUAAUGUUGGAAUCAUCUAGAAAAUGUAUUUGUGUCAGCCGGUGUGGAAGUGGCUUCAUUGUCUUUAGAUACGGUCGUAUUUGACAUAUCUGGUAGCAUUUCUAAUGAUUCCAUGUCUUAUGUCCAUGACGUAUGUGUCAGUGUGAUGUGAAAUCAAUGUGCUAGCAAUCAUUCAGUGGACAGAAAUGUUAGGAAAUACUCAAACCAAAAAGAUAUAUAUUCAAAACAACAUCUGUAUGUGAAAAUAAAGAAUCCUUGUGGUCUUUCUACAGCACGUAACUGCUUGUACUGUAUUUUUAGAU